AGAUUCAUUAAGGGUAAUCGUAGCUUUAGUUACAACCCAAAGUGCGUUCCAUACAUUAAGCUCCAAGGACUCCACGAGCUCCACGAGAUACUGUUUAUAAAUGAUAAAUACUGCGAUCCAUGACCAUUUUUGAUAAACAGCAGAUAAAAUGGUGAGCGAAUUUUUAAAGCCUACCAGCGUGCAAUGAGUGACGAGGAUAACGAGAUUUUAGAAACUGUUGUCAUUGACAACGGGUCUGGUACCUUUCUGGCGGGGUUGUCCGAUCAGGUUUCUCCAAGAUGUAUUAUCAAACCGAAUGCUGUAGGGAGACCAAAGCACAAGACAGGAAUCAUAAAAGAUGACAAUAUCAUCGGGGACAGACUGUAUCCAAUGCGAAAUACUCUCUCAUUGUCCUACCCCAUUGAGAGAGGAGUCGUUACAAACUGGGAUGACAUGGAACGGAUCUGGAGAUAUAUGUAUGACCAGGAGCUGCGCAUCAAGUCAGAAGACAGGCCUGUUCUGAUAGCAGACGCCACUCUGAAUCCGGCUGGAAACAGAGAAAAGAUGUUACAGGUUAUGAUGGAAACAUUCCACGUUCCUGGGUUCCUUGCCAUGAACCAAGGGCUCCUGUCCCUGUAUGCCAGUGGAAGAACCACGGGGACCGUGCUGAAUGUUGGGGACGGGGUAUGCCACGUGGACACUGCCUAUGAAGGAGAAUCUGAACUCUCGUCAAGAAGAAGAAUUGAGGUAGCUGGACGAGAUCUGACCUUAUACUUACAGAAAUUACUGUACGCAAGGGGAUACUCCUUUACAACGGCAGCUGAAAUUGAAAUGGUCAGAGACAUAAAAGAAAACCUAUGUUGUGUACGCUUGCAUAAAGAAACAGACAACAGCAAAUCCAGUACAGAUAGCCCGGAGAAAUCCUAUACUCUACCUGAUGGAAGCAAACUCACGCUCAACAACGAAAGAUUUCUCUGUCCUGAGGCUUUGUUAAAACCUUCUUUGCUAGGUUUCGACUUCCCGGGGAUUCAUGAACUGGUGAAGGAAAGCAUCGAUUCCUGUGACAUCAGCUCACGGCGAUCUUUGUAUAACAAUAUCAUCUUAUCCGGGGCAUCGACCAUGUUUCCACAGCUGCAUUCGAGACUGGACAUUGAAAUCAGAGCUUUAGUUUCGGAUCAUCUGCCACUAAGAGUUAUUGCCCCUCCAGAACGGCGCUCUUCUGCCUGGAUUGGAGGGGCUGUCGUAUCAUCAUUAAGUUCUUUCGAUGACAUUCUGAUAUCUCGACAAGAAUACGAAGAAUUUGGUCCAGGAAUAGUUCAUAGGAAGUGCCGAUACCUUUAAUUUUUUUCUUUUUACUACAUGUUUAUUAUCUAAUUGCAUUUCUUUUUGUACGUAGUGAUAUUUUGAAAUAAUAUUUGCUUUUUGAUAUGCUUGAUUCAAACUUGUUUUAACAUGUUCUCUUUAUCACUGACUACUGAUUACGUGCAUUGUACAUGACGUAAUUACUGCUUUUUAAAAAAAUGAAGUAUUGAAUGACCAGCUUUUACAAGUAUAUUUCAAAACAUAUUUUUAGACUGAGGAAUAUAUCUUGCAACAUCCACGAAAAUUCGUAAUUUAAUUCUUGAAAAUUUGUACAUAUAUCGUAAUUGUUACUAUUUUCAAUGUACAAUUUAUCUUAAAGCUGCUUGGUCCGAUUUUAUAUCAAAUUUUAUGCACGCUUUUAAACGAUGGCUAAGCUUAGUAUAUGUAUAAUAAUAGACAUUGCAUUAGUUUUACCCGUCAAUUAUGCCAAAUUUCAAUGAAGAAAAAUACGUACAAAAUUUGCUAACAAAACAAACGACAUUAAAAGGUACCGCGUUAUUUCGCCUCAUGUAAAAUUUCACCCCUGACGACGAGACGGGUAUCGUUGUAUUACGAAUUUGACAUCGUUUUAAAUAAAGGUCGAAAUGAUCAGACAAAUUACAAAUAAACAUGUGUACCUUUUGUUCGCUAAUAUUUCCAGAGUCUGCUUUCUUUACAAUCGAUGCGUAGCGUGCGGGUUGAAUAACCCCAAUCAUUCGGGGGACGAAACCAAGCGGUUUCCUUUUCUAAACAUUCCCGUGAUGCAUUUUGGUUUGUUUUUUCGUUUGCCCAAAGAGAAAUUAUUUUUAUUUACUUUAAAUAUUUCUAACUUUGAACGGAGACUGAUUAUGCUGGUGUAAAUAGGAGAAAGUCCAUAACUUUCUAAGAUAAAUGAUUUGUAUGAAAAAAAUGUUGAUACUGUAAUUACAAAAAAAUCGGACCAAGCAGCUUUAAAAUGUAUCUUAAAAUAGAUUCAUAUCAUAGACUUUGUAAAAGAUUUCUUAUACAAGCUCCAGAAUGUGACAUCAAGGAAUAUUUGAUUUGAGAUUUUGAAUUUUGAAUUAUUGGAAAUAAUAAAUUUUGUUAUUUUGUGUAAUUGAAAAUA